UCCAACCCCUCAGUAACGCGGUAGCCUCUGUGGAAGAGGUAGCUCGGUGGUUUCGUGCUCCGUUAUUCGACAUAACGUCCUCCGCUUUCCUCGUGCUGUCAAUUUUCGGCAGUCUGCGAGUCGUUGGUCUCUAACGAGAUCGUUCGGAUUGAAGAGAAAAAUUUGGAAUUUACCGAAGAAGUUGGAACAAUGUAGCGUGAAGAUAUCUCUCGAGCGGUUACGAUCAACAGGUUAAUUCUUCGGUGACAAACCGAAGCGACUGAUGAAUUCUCGGAGAUCCUUUCUCACCCUUUGGGCUAUUCUCCGAAUCACCGCGUCAUUCCGUAAUAGCAGUGCGUAAAAGCAGAGGACUCGAGAACCAUCGUAGGAGGGAGAGCAACUCGACAAUUGGGCGCGGAGAUGAAAAUUCAAUCCACUCCGGAAGGUUGGCGCGCUGUUCGGAGAAGACCCGUGGCGAGCCGGCACAAUAAAGAGUAUCGCGUUUCAUCAUCAUUGUGGAAACGCAAUGGCAGAGGAGCUUUCUGCCUUCUGUUGGUAAAUUAGAGAGAGAAGAAAAUCACGAAGGCAAGAAAAAAUACUAGGCGAAGGACAAGCAGGGUUCAAAAGAGAUAGCAGGGACACUCAUCGAGUUAUCGAGCUGAGAUGGCGACAAACAGUCCCGGACAAUCGAUACAUCUAAAAUCCCCGCGAAGUCCCUGUCAGCUACCGCAACUACCUGAAAUCCCGAUCGGUGGACGCAGAAGUCCCACGCAGUUGUCUGUGAGCAAAUCGCCGGGCACGCCAUUGGUUUUUGAGUUCCCUCCGGAAUACUAUCCGGAGACACCCAAUACAAAUUUCGAUUUCGAGGAGUUUGGACGAUUGAACGAGCCCGAUCGAGGACCCAGAAGUCCGAGUUAUUACGUUCGUCGGGGAUGUAGGAGUCCAAAGAGCCCGACCCCGGACCUGUUGCACUCACCGAAUAGAAAAUCUCCUAUUUUUCAAUUCUCCGAGUGUAGAAAAAAUUUAGGGAAGACUAUGAGUUAUCCGCCAAGGAGUCCGGUCUCUGUCUCGCCCAUAGUGCCAGUCAGGUCUCCUAGUUCCUCGAAUUUCGGUUCCAAAAACCUGAAAUCUUUCGAUCAUCGUAAAAGUUGUUGUUUCGGAUUGAGUGGUUCUAAAAAUCCCAUGUCUCCGACUAUCGUCACCUCUUUGACUCACGGAUCGUCUAGUCCAAAGCACUCUGAAAUGAAUAUGGAUCAUCAGAGCAACGUGAAUUACAAGACUAAUGGAUCCGGAACGUCUUGCGUAGAAGGAUCUUUCCGAGAUAAAAAUGACAGUCCGAAUAGUAAGAAGGGUAGCAAGAAGAGCAGUCAUUUUAAUCGCAGUCAAGGAUGCUUAAAUGAAUCUAGCAAGAGCCAGAGCGAGAACACGGAGGAUGUUUAUGGGAGAAAUGGAAAAAAUAUGUCGAGGAGAUCGACCAGCGACUUGACUGAUAUGGGGGACGCGGAUACGGAGGUGACUUUGCUCUCUAGCCCUCGAAGAAGAGGCUCCAUGAAGGGUGGUCUCGCCUACCUCGCGUCCAGACGGGGUUCCCGCGACAGCCAGUGCUCCAAUUUGUCGAACGUCAGCAAUGAGAACGUGGGUCCGUUGAACUUCAGCGCUCACCCCCGCGCCAGGCAACGAAGGACCUCCAAUUUCUUGGAGCUACCCGUGCCAGAUCACAUCAGGCCGCGAGUACAUAGUUUACCAGAGAAAGCGUACAAUCCGAGAGCCGGAGAGGAUCUAUAUAGACUUCGGGCAUUCAGCAUCACACAUAAAGGCGUCGUUAAUCGUGGUGAUUCGAUUAUCUCGAGACGUAGCAGGAGCAACACUUCUGUCAAUAGCAGCAGAAAUAGCAAUGUCUCGGGUGAAAGAUCGCCGUUCGAAGGUUCCUGCUGCAGCGGACAAGGCGUGGGAGCGGAUAGCACGGAAAGCGAAGAAAUGGAGGAGAUCUCGAAAUAUCGAGUGGUCCUGCUCGGUGAUUCCGGAGUUGGAAAAACUGCGUUGGUUUCGCAGUUCAUGACCAGCGAGUACAUAAACACGUACGAUGCUAGCCUGGAUGACGAGUUCGGGGAAAAGACAGUGUCAAUUUUGCUGGAUGGCGAGGAGUCGGAAAUGGUAUUUAUCGAUCAUCCACACGUGGAGAUGAGCGUAGAGAAUUCUUUGUCCACCUAUGAACCGCAUGCGUGCAUCGUGGUUUACUCCACCGUGUCCCGUACGAGCUUCCAGGUUGCGGAGGAGACCCUAAACUACUUAUGGAGGGAGCACUACACGCAGGAACGAUCAGUGAUUGUAGUCGGUAACAAGUCUGAUCUUGCGAGAAGUCGGACGAUCACGGCAAACGAGGGUAAGCAGCUAGCAACGUCGAGGGAGUGUAAGUUCAUCGAGACAUCCAGCGGUAUCCAGCACAAUGUAGACGAGCUUCUGGUAGGCGUGCUCAAGCAGAUUCGACUUCGUGAGAGCCGUGACAAGAAGCUGAAACGCCAGAGUAGCAAGAGGAAGAUUCUGUCCAAGCUUCACGGUAGCAAGACUGCGCUCAGCCUAAAUCUCGCCAGGGAGAUAUUGAACAAGAUGUGCUUGAACGACAACAAGAGUAAGAGCUGCGAGAACCUGCACGUGCUGUAAGAGGAUAUCGCGAUCAUUGACCGACGACGUUCGAUAUUUCGCUCUGUUCCCGAUGAAUCGCAUGAGUGAGAAUGUAAAACUUCGUUGUAAACUUCACGAAGCUCAAACGUUUCCGUCGAGUAAAGGUUGCGGUUUGCUGGUAUGUAAUGUACAUUUCGAGAAAAAAAAAGCGGCGAAAUAUUGUUUCAAAGAGCGCGUACGUUAAUGGAAAAGUUGUUCCAGCGUGAUUGUGGUUUUUGGUUAAGAGGAUUCCGUUAAAAUCAUAUAAGCAAAUGGGUUUUAGCGAGUUUACAUUAGCAGGACGAAUAAAACGGAGGAUGGCGGAAUGGUGCAGCGAAACGAGACGUUUCUCGCGUGUAUCGAUUUUUCGUCGUGUUUUUAGUCUCAUAACGAAUUCAGGCCUACGCAUAUCGCGUCCUAGAAAGCCAAUAGAUGGAUAGAAAGCGCAAACAAGGAAACUUUCACCCUUCCUCAAUCGUGCUCUCGAAUAAUAUUUGCUCUAUCCUUCUCUCGCCCGUCGGUGGUGACCGAAGUGUCGUUUACAAUUGAAGAAAACUGGUUGUGGACCAAGCAACGAGUUUUGUACUCGAAACGAGUUUCAAACAGUACGCGAGUCAAUUUGACGAGCUGUCAAUUUCUCUUAAUUUGCGAUACGAAACGCUCAUUCUUUAAUUACAUGUUCGACGUAAGAUCUCGAAAUCGAAACCGAAGGAUGGAGGAUCGCAAAAUUUAUCACGAGACAAAUGACAGCGCGGGUAAAUUUGGCGGCUGCAUGGUACGCGGCUCGAUUAUUUAUUAGGAUCUAAUGGAUAACACGUGUCCCUCGGCUCUAGUGUUGCAACUGGCUGUGUUCUACACCGGUGCUCGUUUAUAUAUUGGGUGAUUCCUUCCAAAACAAUCGAUACGCUCGCCCCUAAAGUUGGAGGAAAAGUACCGAGCCAUAAAAACGACAGUUUUAUGGCUGAAGGUGUUAAAAGAACUCCAAGGUUUAUUACGCUUCCUCUAUGUCAUUGAGAAGUAUCGAUCGCGAUUAUUCCUAUGGUUUCUAGUUAUUCCGCCGUACUCUUGUUAAUUAUUCGAUCAAACAUUGUCACACGAUUUCUAUAUAUAAGUCGAAAUUUCCUAGGGAACCAUGUCGAACGUUUUACAUAAAUUACUCUGCAUUCGAUUGUUUGGUGGUAAAACGCUAUCGCACUGUUUCUCUCGCGUGUAACGCAUACACACGCGUACAGAAACGAAGAAAGAGAGAGAGAGAGAGAGUUUUCCGAUAAUUGCGGCUACGCGAUAUAUCAGCUUCAAUUAAACAACUUCCAUUAAUUGAGAUAAAAAACGGCUGAUCGUCGUUUACUUUCGGAACGAAUUGUGUCAAUGCGAAAGUUAGUCGUCGAAUCGGCUCCAAUCGUUCCUCGUCCGAUUCGAUUUUCAGAGAGGAUACGUUUGCCAAGCGAGCAAAGACGUUGUCGACGGCGUGUCAUUAAUUUAUUAAAUUAACUGGGCCAACGGAAGGUGUAAACGACGUUGCUUUUCGUCGUUGACGAUCAUUUCGUUUCUGAUAAACGUGGAAUUUCAUUUUGAGGAUCGCGUCAGCCGAUCAAAGCUCUCGGUUCGUUUCGUUGGACGCUGGUUUCGUCCAAUUCGUGCGACGCUGGACGUCUCAACGCUUCUUAUUAUACGAUAUCGUGUAGAAAUAUAAUGUAACGUUAAUAGUUUAGCGAUUAUAUAUGGAAUAAGAUAUUCCAGGAAAACUCUAGAUUACUUUGAAGAUCUUAAUUCGAGAAUUCUAUUUCUGAAUUCAUACCAUUAAUAUAAUAGGCAACUCUGACUAAAAAGAAAAUUUACUAGAAAAAUCUUUCUGAAUAAUUUUUAAUUUGUCUUCCAAAGAUAGGAAAGGCGCGCAUACGAUUUUCGUUUUGUUCGUUUCCCGCGAAACGGAGCUUCGGCCGCGAAAGCUGGUAUCGCGUAUUUCAGGGAAGUAUUUAUAGGAUUGUCGAAAUGAAAAAAAAAAGAAAAUAAAAAAAAAAAAAAGAUUCAAUCUAGUAGGGACGGCCUAAAAACGUACAAGACGGAUGGAGAACGGUCUCCCCGUCGAUAUAUUUGCAUGUAGAUUUAUCAUAUUAUUAAUGUUGUUUUCGGAAAGGCCAGCUGAUCACCGGUAACGAUCGAUCGUUACAGUGAUUUCAGGAUAUUAUGAAUAUCUGUAAAUUGAAAUAAGCGCUUCACAUAUCGAGCAGCGACUUCUAUAUGGUAGAGAACAAUCGAUUAUACGUAUUUUAAUCGUAAACAUUCACGUGUCCUGAUUAUCACAGUCUGACCUCUGUCUUAGAUCAUUGUCAAUUCGUAAAGAGUUCGUUAUAUUUUCUCAAGCAUCGUUCGUGAACGACAACAAAAUCCGUUACAAAUGUUGUUAAUCGUCCUAUAAAGUCGUGGAUAACUCAGAGCUACGGAUACCCCGAAAGGCUGGUCUAUUUUUAUAUACACAAGCUCGUCAAUACGUUUUAUUACGAUCUGUCAUCCACACGAUCGACGUUUUUCUACUCUGUAAGAAUGACUCUACAUACACGAAAAACUCGUGCAGGGAGCGAACGUAUCACUUUUUUCUUCCGUCUUUUUUCAGAAAAUAGGCGUUAAAUCCUUGGAUGGCGCGGACAAAAGAUUUAAGAUUCCUAUAGUUUACAGGAUUUAUUGUACAUCUCGCGAAGAAUCCCUGCACGUUUACACGACAAUCAUAUUUUGUUAUUUAUCGUGUUGUAUUCUAUAUCUGUGGUAGGAUUUAGGCCUUAGAUGUUUAUGUCGAAAUAAAAGCAAUAUACAUAACCAGA